AUGAGGACCAAUUAUGAGGACUGGAAAGAGUCUCUCGACCUUUAUCUUGUUAUAGCCAACCUUGACUUGGCUCUAAGAACUGAAAAACCUGGCGCUAUUACUGAUGAGUCUACUGAAGCUCAGAGGACUUUUUAUGAAAAAUGGGAGCACUCUAAUAGAGCGUGCCUUAAGGUGAUAUCUUACACUAUGGAAAAAUCUAUAAGACAAAGCAUACCAAAAAGUGAGAGUGCAAAAGAUUACUUAAAGUUUGUUGGUGAGAAGUUCACUCGUUUUGAUAAGGCUAAGAAGUGUGAGUAUCUCUCUUUGUUUGACAAAACUAAGUAUGAUGGUGUUAGUGGUGUGCGUGAGCAUAUUAUGAAGUUGACCCACUAUUAUAAUAAGCUGAAAACUCUCAAAGUUGAAAUUGGUGAAAGUACUCUAAUUUGGAGGGUUCUUGAGUCUCUACCUCCCCAAUUUGAUGUUAUGAGGACCUCAUAUAAUACCCAGAAAAUUGAAUGGACAGUGGAUGAGAUGAUAGCCAUAGUAACUCAAGAGGAAGAUUCUAUGAAAAAUGCAAAAGCUCAAAGUGUUUAG